AUGACUCUAUCAGGAGAUGUAUGCGUUAUUGCGGGAGCCUGUGGGUUUUUGGGAGAAAAGCUGGUCAGGCUGUUGCUGGAAGAGGAGAAGCUUGCUGAGAUUAGAUUGCUGGAUAAAAACAUCCAGUCUGAGCUAAUACAGUCUCUUGAUGGUUGCAAGGGAGAGACUAAAGUGAGUGUUUUUGAGGGAGAUAUCAGGGACCGUGAACUACUGAGAAGAGCCUGUAAAGGAGCAGCACUUGUUUUCCACACAGCAUCUCUCAUCGAUGUCAUUGGAUUAAUUGAAUACAGUGAAUUAUAUGGAGUUAAUGUUAAAGGAACACAGCUGCUGCUCGAGACCUGCAUCCAAGAAAACGUGUCCUCCUUCAUUUACACUAGCAGCAUUGAAGUGGCUGGUCCCAAUCCCCGUGGUGAUCCAGUCAUUAACGGCAAUGAGGACACUCCUUACUCCUCCUGUCUUAAGUUUAGCUACAGCAAAACCAAGCAUGAGGCUGAGCAGAUUUGCCUUCAGGCCAAUGGAGAGCUGCUCUGUAAUGGAGGUCAGCUGGCAACCUGUGCACUGAGGCCCAUGUACAUCUAUGGACCAGGCUGUCGAUUUACUUUAGGCCACAUGCGGGAUGGAAUCCGCAAUGGAAAUGUGCUGGUGAGAACAUCACGCCGUGAGGCCAAAGUGAAUCCUGUAUAUGUGGGAAACGUAGCACUGGCACACAUACAAGCAGGUCGAGCUCUCAAAGAUUCUCAGAAAAGGGCUGUGAUGGGUGGAAACUUCUAUUAUAUCUCAGACGACACACCGCCUGUUAGCUACUCAGACUUUAAUUAUGCUAUUCUUUCACCAUUAGGCUUUAGGAUACAAGAGAGGCCCAUUCUGCCCUUCCCACUUCUAUAUCUACUGUCGUUCCUCAUGGAAUUACUGCACAUUGUGCUCCGACCUAUCCUGAGGUUCACCCCUCCCCUAAACAGACAGCUACUGACCAUGCUAAACACAUCCUUUAGUUUCUCAUACCAAAAGGCACACAGGGAUUUUGGAUAUAGCCCUCGCUAUGACUGGGAAGAGGCACGUAGGUGCACUAGCGACUGGUUAGCAUCUGUCUUACCCACAGAGAGGCAGCGGAUUAACUUGAAAUAAAUUAACAGUAUGUUUAAUAAUAUUGUGCUACCUGUAUUUGUAAGCAGUCAUGUUCUGUUUGAUGUUUUAUAGUCAAGUUAAACAUAAACUUAGUAAUUAGAUCCAUGGUAGUGGAAAACAAUGGCUAAUGUCCAAUGUUUAGUGAAUAAUGCUUGUUUUAUGGUAAAAAAAAAAAAAAUUGCUGAAUAUUGUUUAUGCAUAUCACAAAUAGAAAUGACUAUCCAUAAAAGGAAGCAGUAAUAAGUCAUAAUACUUAAUUUCAAUUAAACAAUAUGUUGUGGUAAUUCAAAAGCCUACUUGUCUGUAUUUUACUCGACUUGUCUGUUGUCAUUUAGUUAUCUUUUUUUUACUUUUUAUUCAUUUACUGACAACAAGUCAUUUUGAGGAAAUGUGUAAGGUUUCAUGAAUAUUUGAUAAAUGCUGUGAAAAGUUUCAAUAAAUGUUAUUGUAACUUUAUUUGUGAUAUCCAAAAUAAAAUUGACAACAGAUU